CAGGUACUGAACAAAAUAAUCGAAUAAAGAUUAUAAAUCCUCACUUCUCCCAACUCCGACGAGAGAUUUCCAUUGCCGAUCGUCGUUAUUGCUUAUUCUUUAUCUUUUCUGCCCCUUUUCUUACUGAAACUGAAAGACGUAAUUUCUGCACAUGCGAUUUGAUACCCCAUUAAAAAAAACCAGAAAAAACCCUGAAGAAUUUGGGAAAAUUGACAAAAGGAGAAGUUUGAAGAGAAAAAGAAGAUGAAGACGACAAAGGGAGGCAAAGUGAUGAACCCUACGGAUGCCUAUCGUAAGGAACUCCGUAAGAAAGAACUGAAACGGAACAAGAAGGAAAGGAAGAAGGUGAGAGAGGUCGGGAUUCUGAAGAAGGAUCCGCAGGCAAUCAAGGAGCAGAUUGACAAGUUAGAAAUGAUGAAAGCUGAAGGUGCUUUAGACAAAGCAAGAAAACACAAGAAGAGACAACUUGAAGACUCACUUAACCUUGUCUUAAAGAAGAGGAGGGAAUAUGAAGAUAAAAUGAAGGAGAAGGGUGAGACCCCUGUUAUGUUUAGUCACUUGGGGACUCCUCAGAGGAGGACAACUGCAGAAGAUGAUGAGAGAGCGAAGUAUCCUAAACCUGAAGACUCUGUUUAUUAUCAUCCUACUCUGAAUCCCACAGGGGCUCCACCACCUGGAAAGCCACCCAUGUAUAAAUCAUCAAUAGGACCUAGAAUUCCCUUGUCUGGUGCUUCAUCGAGUGCUGCUGCUUCAUCUUCACAGACUGAGUCAGAGGAUACUUCUGCAACUAUACCACCCCCACCUCCUUUGCCAGAUACCGAUCAAUUGAACUCAGGGGACGCCUCUGUUGCACCCGCUUCUUUGCCUCUACCACCCCCACCUCCAAUGCCACCCAAGCCUGCCACAGAAAACUUGGGUAUUCCUUUACCUCCUCCCCCUGGUCCACCACCACCUCCUGGUUCCCCACCUAAAGAGCAAGUUACAGUUCGCCCUCUACUACCUCCACCUCCUCCCCUUCCGCAGUCCAUGCUGCCACCUCUCUCGGGCACUAGUGAAAAUGAAGGGGAGAAAAUAUUUGUACCAUCAGAUGACUCAACCUCCAAGGAAUUGUCUCAGGUGCCUCCACCUGGAAUGCCCCCUAAAUUGGCAAUUAAUCAGGCUGAAGGUGCUCCGUCAGAAUCUGAUGCGAAUCACCAUCCGGCGAUAAAAGAGGUUACUAAAAUGGUUCCGCCACCCCCACCUCUUCCCAGGCAACAACUUCCUGUGCCUGGACCUGCCAUGGUCCCAGUUCUACAUCCUGACGUAUUACCACCUGGAAUAUCACGAUUCCCCCCAGUAGCACCUCCAGACAUGCGGGCACAUUUAUCUGCUAGUGGACUUCCUGGUCAAGCUCCUCCUGGAAUGAUGGUCCCACUGAUGCCCAGACCACCUUUGGGUCCUCCACCAGGACCUCCACCAAUGAUGAGACCACCACUUCCUCCCGGUCCUCCCCCUAAUACAAUGGAUGAUUAUAAUUCUGCACAUCGACCCCCUUUACCACAGAAACCAUCAUACGUUAAAUCUGCCGCACCUACCGUUAUUAAGCGGCCACUGGCUCAGCACCAGCCGGAACUUACGGCUAUGGUCCCUGCAUCAGUUCGAGUAAGGAGGGAGAUUACUGCCCCAAAAGCAAAACCAAAGCCUUCACUCUCGACCAUGACAACGGCAGCAGCCAAGCCUUUAGCUCCUACCAUUGUGAAGCAAGAAUCCUCCAGCUCAUCAUCGGCUCCAAAGGCACAGAGUAUUGACGACUCGUACACAGCAUUUUUGGAAGAUAUGAAAGCACUCGGUGCACUUGAUAGCUGAUAUUUGCUAUAACUCUCAAGAUGUCAAGGAGAUGUUGCUCCGGCACAAUCAGAAUGAAGCCAUAUUAUCCAGCGUUACCGUGUUGCCGAGGAAUCGGAUUUCAUGGUGCUGCAAUUUUUCUUAUGGCGGAUCUUCGUAGUUUGAGAUUGCAUGACUCAGCAAUUUUUGUCAAAGUGAAGGUUAAAAUAUAGCGGUCAAACUUGCAUU